AUGCCCUCUGUAGCUGCCAGUGGAGCAGUCAAGUACAUCUGUAAGGUCAAACUAGAUUGCACAACCAGACUUCACUCUAACUCUUGGUUAACAACCACAAAAUACUCUAUUGGUGACAUGUACAGGCAACUGAGUGAGCAACACGCUAAGACCAAUUGGUUUCAUUUUGUUUGGAACAGGUUCACCAUUAUUCCAAAACAUAGGGUCAUCCUUUGGCUGGCUCUACAGGACAGGUUAAAAACCAAAGCCAGGCUCUUCCCUUAUGGGGUUACUGAUAAUGAUCUUUGUGCUCUUUGUGGAUUACAUACAGAGAAUAGCUCUCAUCUAUUUUUCUCUUGCCAUUACAACACUGAAUGUUGUAGGAAAGUUCUUCACUGGUUGGGAUUCAGCACUCACAGGACAAGCUUGUUCAUGAUCCUUAAGUGGGCUCAUAGGUAUUGUGUGGGUGGUUUUAGGAGGAAAGUCUGCUAUGCUGAUGUUGCAGGAGUGGUCUAUCAGAUUUGCAAGGCAAGGAAUUCAGCUAUUUGGGAUGCCAUGGUCCCCUCUCUGGAUAGUAGUGUAAGCUGUAUUCAAUUUGCUGUUAGGCAUAGAAUAAAGAGUAUCCUAGGUAAGAAAGUGAGUGCUAGAGAUAGGGAUUAG